UGUCACGCGGGGUUAGUAAAAGUUGGGAUCGGAGCUCCACAGGGCGAGAGAGACAGACAAGCGAGGUCGGAGAAGAGGCACUGCAACCGGGAUAAAAAUUUCCGGACCAUUCUCUGGUUUUACGACAAACAUUUUAAGACGCUCGCGAGAAAACUACUCUUUUUGUGUGGCAUAGACGGCGACGGUGACUUUCUCUCAAGUAAAUUCGUUUUUUUUUGCAGGAACAUUGUGGAUUUAGUGAAACUAAAGAGGACACUUGAGUCCCAAUCUCCAAAUGAAGCAAAGUUCGGCUUGGCAACGUGAAGCUCGGUAAAUGUUGCGACAUUUUCAUAGAGAGUAGACCGCCUGCUUCGACGGUCGAGCGGCGGCGCAGUAGUAGUAGGAGGUGGUUUCAACAGAAAACGAGCCGAGCUGUCAAACCAGAUGACGACGGCAAACUGCCCGGGUAAUGAGGACCUGGACUUCCGACUCAUCUUCGGGGAGGACGGGCAGCAGCAGCCGUUAGGCCCCGCAGGUCAGUAUCUGGAGCCUGACGACAACACAUCUUUCUACAUCCUAAAUGUGGGCCAGCCCCAGUCAGUGGUCUCAAACCACCAGUCCAUUGGGCUCCCUCGCCAUGGCAUGCAGUCGCACUCCCCGAUCAUCAGCACGUCCCCUCGCCAUCAGUCGCACAAACAAGGAUCGGUGCCCCAGAGUUAUGAGCCACAGGACUCAAAGUAUGGCACCUCCCCCUUGCUCCCCUCAGCUCCAGUGGAGGCACCAAAAGCCUUUGAGUGCCCCAGUAUUCAGAUCACCUCCAUCUCCCCGAGCUGCCAGCAAGAGAUGGACGCCAAUGAACGAGAUCUGAGAGCAAAUGGCCCUGAUGGGGACUACCACAGUGACAGACCCCUGUCCAGAGACCACCUGUAUUUGCCCCUUGACCACUCAUACCGGGACUCCUCUCUCAGCCCUAGCCCAUGCAGCAGUCUCUCGUCUAGGAGCUGGUUUUCUGACGCCUCCUCCUGUGAAUCUUUUUCACAUGUUUACGAUGAUGUUGAGUCUGAACUCAAUGAAGCAGCAGCUCGCUUCACACUGGGCUCCCCGCUGACGUCCCCAGGCUGCACUUCCCCUCAGGCUGGAGUUGGGAAUCUGGAGGAGCCAUCUCAGUGGCAGCAUCAUCACCCCUCCUUUGUCCACCACUCCCACUCCAUCAGUCUGUCACCUCGACAGUCCCCCUGCCACUCACCACGCACAAGUGUCACUGAUGAGAACUGGCUGAGCCCACGGCCGACAUCUAGGCCCUCCUCACGUCCCACCUCACCCUGUGGGAAGAGGCGCCACUCCAGUGCAGACAUCUGCUACCCAGGCUCGGUGUCUCCACAUCACUCACCUUCUCCCACACCAGGACCAUCACCUAGGGGCAGUGUGACAGAGGACACCUGGGCAGGCAGCCCCUCUGUAGGCAUGUCGCCUUUCCAGUGCUGCCAAUCUGAGGCAGACAUCCCAUCCAAGACAAGAAAGACCUCACAGGACAGAACAGCUAUGCAGACAGCAGCAAAAGGAGAACUUGGGUUAGAUGACCAAGGAAAUAUGUCUCCUAAUCUAGACUCCCCCUCAGAAGAGGCCUUGCACAGCCUGAAGAAGGACGGGCCUGGGGAGCAGUUUCUCUCGGUGCCCUCACAUUUUUCAUGGAAUAAACCCAAGCCUGGACACACGCCUAUAUUCAGGACAUCCUCACUUCCUCCUCUAGACUGGCCCCUGCCAAGUCAGUUUGGCCAGUAUGAGCUGAAGAUAGAGGUGCAACCCAAAACCCACCACCGAGCACAUUACGAGACCGAGGGCAGCAGAGGUGCCGUCAAAGCAGCGUCAAGUGGCCAUCCCAUUGUCAAGCUGCUUGGCUACAGCGAGAAGCCCGUCAACCUGCAGAUGUUCAUUGGAACGGCAGACGACCGCUACUUGAGGCCACACGCGUUUUACCAAGUGCAUCGCAUCACUGGGAAAACUGUGGCCACGGCCAGCCAGGAGAUUGUCAUCUCCAGCACCAAAGUUCUCGAAAUUCCUCUCCUGCCUGAAAACAACAUGUCAGCCAGUAUCGACUGUGCCGGCAUCCUCAAGCUACGGAACUCAGACAUUGAACUUCGGAAGGGUGAGACAGACAUAGGAAGAAAGAACACACGGGUACGCGUGGUAUUCCGAGUUCACAUCCCUCAACCAAACGGGAAGGUGCUGUCGCUGCAGGCUGCGUCCAUUCCUGUGGAGUGCUCCCAGCGUUCAGCUCAAGAGCUGCCCCAGGUUGAGAAGUCCAGCCUGACUAGCUGUCUGGUCAGCGGGGGAGAAGAGAUGGCCAUCACUGGAAGCAACUUUUUCCCAGAGUCCAAAGUCAUCUUCCUGGAAAAAGGCCCUGACGGACGGCCACAGUGGGAAGUGGAGGCCAAAAUCAUACGGGAGAAAACUCAAGGAUCAUGCAUUGUGGUGGAGGUUCCUCCUUACCACAGUAAGACUGUCAGCUCAGCGGUGCAGGUGCAGUUUUAUGUCUGCAAUGGCAAACGGAAAAGGAGCCAAUCGCAACGCUUCACUUACCUUUCAGUAAUGGUGAAACAGGAGCAUCGAGACGAGCUGGACCUUCGCGCUGUGUCCCCCAUGUCUAUGCCCCUGGCACACGCUGCCAGUCUGGUGCGCGCUCAGCUGCCUUCUCCUGAUCAGGGCCACCCAUCGGAUAACCUUCUGUCCACCUCCCCACAUGGCCUGGGCUCAAGCUCCGGACCUAUCCUGCUCCCCCUGCAGGCUCCCUGCCCCUCCCUGGGCUCCCCGUCCUUCCAGCACCUGCCUCACCUCCAGGGUCGCAGUUUGCACCAUCCCCCCGCAGACUGCCACAUGACGUUCCAUCCAAGCUCCUCACCUGUGCCCCUUCCUGCCUCCGCCUCCCGGCCCUCGUACCAGCCCAUGCAGCUUGGCCAGAGUCACGCUCACAGCCUGUCCUUCAAUGGCCAAACCAGCCUGUCUCCUCAGAGCUAUGAGAGGAUGCCCUUUCAGCAGAACCCCAGUGCCCCAUCCCACCCCAUGGGCAUGGGGAUGGUGUAUUCCUCCCCUUGCUCUUCCCCGUCAACACCUGCGUCUUCAGCCGCCACGUCCAUCGUGGGUUCUCCACAGAGCCAGCAACCCCUUCUUAACCCCUCGUCCCAACACCUCCACAGUCUCGGAGGCUACCACUGCUCCCCAAAUCCCACCCAGGUGCCCUCCCCUAGUGGCCCCCCGCUACAGCUGCAGAGAGCCAUGGGUUACCACCCAGUAAGUCAACGCUCAGCCUCCUGCCCCACGCCCUCCUCCGUCCCUCCUCCGCAUAUGAUCUCAUCCCCCCAUUCUGGACCUUCAUCACCUCAGCUCCACUCGCUGCCGUACCAGUCUCCCACCUCCUCUUCCCCAACAUCAGGGAGCAGCCCCCUGGGUCCCAUGCAGCAUCCCCAUUCAGGACAGCCUUCUCCUCAGGCUGCGAGCCCAGUCAUGACCAGCUUGUCCCCGACAGCUGCUGGGCCUUUGGUUCACCCCCUGAGCCCCCAAGGGCCCUUUACCCCAGAGGGGGAGAGGUUGAACAUCAAACAGGAGCCAGAAGAGAGAGAGCCCACCUUCCGCUCUAUAGGCCUGCAAGACAUCACGCUGGAUGACGUGAAUGAGAUCAUCGGCAGAGACAUGUCCCAGUCCCCCAGCACGCACGGCCCCACCAAGACAGCACACAGCCAGUCGUAGCUAAGCACGCCCCCCCCGCCCCGUCCCAUCCCUUCAUGGACCAGCCAGGUCUUGCCGCUGGAUGCGACGGGUAGUGAAGGGACACAAAGAGAGGGACAGUCAGCCGGACUGAUGAAAAGGAGAAGAACAAUUCCAACGAGAUCAGGGUACUUCAAGUCCCACAAUGCAACACAAGCCUGACAAUGCAAACAUCAGCAAAAUAUGACUUUUUUACCAAAAUCCUUUACCAAAGUCCUGCUUGAUCAGAGCCUUUACACAAAAUCUUUAUGCUUUUUUUUUUUUCUCUCUAAGACAUCAACAUCCCCUCUCUUUUGGAAAUCAUUUAGUUCCGGAAUUAUUGGAGCCCGACGUGCAACAUUCCACAACAAGUGUAGGUCUCAGGACACCGUCCGUGUCCUUCCUUACACCUGAUGGGAAGACAAACAACUGCCUUAUUAGUCAUACUCAUAUUCUUAUUAUGACGACCAUGCAGCAGCCCCCCCCUCCAGUCCUGUAAAGAGACAACCUCUACGUGCAAUAAUGCAAUAGCACCCCACCCCCAAAGAAAACUCCCUAGUGUGCCUUAUCAAUACCGAGUGUGUCCACGUAUUGUAUACAUUAGACAAAGAAAGUCCAAUAACAACUCAAAGUUCAUCUUGCACAUCCCUCACUCCUCCAGGUGGAAAAACAUUUAGAAAGGAUGCCUCAGUGUUUACGUGACUUUGACUUAUUGGUAGAAGACACUAUCAGCUUUGCAAAUGGCAUUCAUUCAUUCAUUCAUUCAUUCAUUCAUAUCACUAUAAUAUGCAUGUUUUUCAUAUUUAAACACAACAUUAGACAACUACAACGGAGUAUUAGGGCCACAUUGAAAAAAAUCCCGAGAUUUCGAGAAUAAAGUCGUAAAUUUAGGAGACAAAAAGUUGUAAAUUUAUGAGAAAAAUGUCGUAAAUUUAUGAGGAAAAAAAAGAAUAAAGUCCUAAAUUCAUAAGUAAAAAUAGUUGUAACAUUACCUUUGCCCAGUAAGUCCAGCUGUGUGCCUGUUGUGACGUGAAUAUUAAAAUAAUCGGAGAUUUCGAGAGUAAAGUUGUAAAUUUACGAGACUAAAGCCCUACAUUUACAAGAGAAACCUCGUAACUUUGUUACAGGCACUGCCUGAGACAGCUUGGGCAUGUGGGGGUGGGGGUGGGGGGGUAAGGAAGGCGGAAGUGAGAAGGGCUAGACAUGCUAAUCUAAUCUGCUCUGUUUUGCCGCCAUGUUAUAAAUAAAAUGUACCUGAAGCAAGAGGAAAGUUUCCUUCCUUCCUGAAGAGCUAUGCUCUUUUUUCCCUCUAACACGUAAUAUUACGACUUUAUUCUCGGAAAUGUACGACUUGUUUUUUCUCGGAAAUGUACGACUUUUUAUUUUCGGAAAUGUACGACAUAAUUCUCGGAAAUGUACAACUUUAUCCUCGGAAAUGUACGACUUUUUUCUUGUAAACUAUUCUCAUAAAUUUACGACCUUUUCUCGUAAAUGUACGACUUUUUCUCGUGAAUGUACGACUUUAUUCUUGUAAAUUUACCUCUUCAUUCUCAAAAUCUCAUAUUUGUUUUAUGAGUGUGGCCCUAAUGCUCCGUCGUAGGCAACUUUUCAUUUCAGGAAAAAAAAAAAAGAAAAAAAAAAGUAAAAGUUCCAAAAAUAAAGUCCAUUCAAAAUAUUACGAGGGAAAUUUAUAUUUUUAUAACAAAUAUUAUGGAACUAAGUUGAAAUAUUACAGUAACAAUUUUGAAAACAAAAACAAAAAAAAAACUGUUACGAGAAAAAAAGGAAAAGGCAUUAAGUUAUGACGAAGUCGGAAUUUUAAAAAGAAUAAAACUAAUAUAUCAAUAAAGAUGAAAUAUUACAGUAUAUUUUUUAUUUUCAACUUUGGAAUUUUCUGAGAAGAAAGUUGGAAUGUUACGAGAAUGAAGUCAUUUUAGAGUAAUAAAAUGAAUAUCCAGUGAAUAAUGUUGACAUUUUAUGACAACUUUGAAAUAAAGUUUAGACUAUUACGACAAAAGUUGUACAGUUUUGAGAAUAAAGUCAUCAUUUUACUGAAAUAAAAUCGCAAUAUUCAGUGAAGCAACUUGAAAUAUUACAGCAAUAACGGAGGGGAAAAAAGCUUCAGACUAUUACGACGAAAAAGUAGUAAAGUUAUGAGAAUAGAGUUAUAUUAAAGUUGAAAUAUGACAAAGUUUGAAAAGAAAAACUAAAAACCUUUGGACUUUUAUGAAAGAAAAGUCAUUCAGUUAUGAGAAUAAUGUAAAUUUACAAAAAUAAAAUCAGAAUAUUACAUUAAUAAAGUUGAAACAAUUUUGGAGGCAGAAAAAAAAAUAACUUGCAAAGUUAUGAGAAUAAAGUUGGAAUUUUUUUUUUUUGCAUUACGUGACUUACAAUUAAUUAGCCUACAACGUUGCAAGUAUUAGAGCCACGUUGAAAAAAAUCAUCUGAAAUUUCGAGAAUCAAGGACAGAAAAAAGUUGUAAAUUUAGGAGAAAAAAACUCGUAAAAUGUUACAGGCAUUGCCUGAGACAGCUAUGAAAAGGGGGGAUUUAUGUGACCCUUGGCCUUGGGCAUAUGGAGGGGGCGGGGUAAGGAAGGCUAGACGUGCUAAUCUGUUUGUGCUCAACUGUUCUGUUUUGCUGCCGUGUUAUAAAUAAAAGCUUGCCUGAAGCAAGAGGAAAGUUUCCUUACUUCCUGAAGAGCUAUGCUCUAUUUUCCCUCCGACACGUGACACGUAAUAUUACGACUCUUGGAAAUGUACAACUUUUUUUUCUUGUAAAAUUUACGACUUUUACGAUUUUUCUCCUCGUAAAAUUUCUGACUUUAUUCUCAUAAAAUUUCCGACUUUAUUCUCGUAAAAUGUACAACUUUUUUCUCGUAAAAUGUACAACUUUUUUCUCGUAAACGUAUGACUUUUUUCCUUGUAAAGUUAUUUUUUUCAUAAAAUGUACAAUUUUUUUUGUCGUAAAUGUAUGACUUUUUCUCUUGUAAAGUUAUUUUUCUCGUAAAAUUUACAACUUCAUUCUCGUAAAUUUAUUACUUUAUUCUCGAAAUCUCAGAUUAUUGCUAUUUUUCCCCCCCAAUGACAUCAUGACGUUAUUCUCUGUACUUGACAUCCUUUUUCACCGGGCUCAUGAUAUUCCUUGUAAUAUUGCAAGGGUGAAAUCAUACAGAGUGGUUUGAUAUCACACGUCUUCUAUGACUUAAGGCAAACUUCUGUGAAGAUUGAGGCUUUCCUUGAACACCAAUCAAGCAGCAAUAAGGAUUUUUCCCUCGGCUUUUUUCCUGCCUUAAAAUCAUGACGCUUCUAUGCAUUCAUCUUCAGCCUAACGCCUUCACAAGCUCUCAUCGUUGACCACAGCCAUGGCCCACAGUGUGUGUGUGUGUGGCCCACAGUGUGUGUGUGUGUGUGUACCAAAAUGUAGACACAAGUCAUCUUUUCAACCACAGAAGCACACAUGCAUUACAGCUAUGCAAACUCAACAUAAAAAAAAUGACAAAGGAUUAAAAAAAAAAAACAAACGUUUAGGAUGCCUUAACUUGUCGGUAUGUGUGCUGUUUUUGUGCAGGACACAGUUUUAGUGGUUGGUUUACUUUUUGUCGAGUCAACGCUAAAACAAAACACCAGCGUCGUCUUCUGCCAGCAACCAAAGAGCGAACAAUACAGCAUGUUCCCAUUUUACUAAAGACUCGACUCAACUCUAUUUUUGAUACUUUUUCAAAUGGAUGUCAUUCCUAAUAAAAAUGUCGGGGGCAUAUAUGGUAUGAUUGUUGAAAGUGGUAGAAAUAAAAAUAGGUGCAGUAUAUGGCAAGCGCCGAAUGACGCGUGUAGGAAAUGUUGAUGGCCUUUUGCAGCUUCUUUGUUUUCCUUUCAUGUGUUACCCGUCUGUAUAGGAACUAUUUUGUAAAGAAAUAAAAGGGAAAUGCAGGUUUAGCUGAUGUUUACCAAGCCUUGUAUUGACAUCUGUUGUAUAUUUUGUAUGUUUUCUUUCUUUUUUUUUGUAAUGUUAAAGACUGCAGUGCUUUUGGAAAUGUCUUCAAAGGGAAUAACUUGCAUCAUGCUGUAGUUUCCGAAGUAGUGACUGUCAAUAAAAUGCUAAAGUCAA